UCCGCAGAAGCACCGCCGGCCAGGCCGCCUUCCCAGCGCCGAGAUGGAGGCCAUCAAGAAGAAGAUGCAGAUGCUGAAGCUGGACAAGGAGAACGCCAUCGACCGUGCGGAGCAGGCCGAAGCCGACAAGAAGGCCGCCGAGGACAAGUGCAAGCAGGUGGAGGAUGAGCUGGUGGCCCUGCAGAAGAAGCUCAAGGGGACCGAGGAUGAGCUGGACAAGUACUCGGAGGCGCUCAAGGACGCCCAGGAGAAGCUGGAGCAGGCCGAGAAGAAGGCCACCGACGCUGAAGCCGAGGUGGCUGCCCUGAAUCGCCGCAUCCAGCUGGUGGAAGAGGAGCUGGAUCGGGCCCAGGAGCGCUUGGCCACCGCCCUGCAGAAGCUGGAGGAGGCCGAGAAGGCGGCCGAUGAGAGCGAGAGAGGGAUGAAGGUGAUUGAGAACCGAGCCAUGAAGGAUGAGGAGAAGAUGGAAAUCCAGGAGAUGCAGCUGAAGGAAGCCAAGCACAUCGCUGAGGAGGCUGACCGGAAGUACGAGGAGGUGGCCCGGAAACUGGUCAUCCUGGAGGGAGAGCUGGAGCGAGCGGAGGAGCGUGCCGAGGUCUCUGAGCUGAAGUGCAGCGACCUGGAGGAAGAGCUGAAGAACGUCACCAACAACCUGAAGUCUCUCGAGGCCCAGUCGGAGAAGUACUCUGAGAAGGAGGACAAGUAUGAAGAGGAAAUCAAGGUGCUGACUGACAAGCUGAAGGAGGCUGAAACGCGGGCAGAGUUUGCAGAGAGAACGGUGGCCAAGCUGGAGAAGACCAUCGAUGACCUGGAAGACGAGCUGUACGCGCAAAAGCUGAAGUACAAAGCCAUCAGCGAGGAGCUGGACCACGCGCUCAAUGACAUGACGUCACUGUAG